AUGUUAAGCCUGAGGAAUGGAGUCUUCGCGGGCGGUCUUCUCGGCAGCGGCUCUUGCAUUCAGCUACUCGCUCCGUGUGCCUGUCGUGCUCUGCGAAAGUCGCCGCCGAGGAACUCUCCGAAGAAGCCAUUCAAACCAGCCCCGGGCCAAAUGUCCGAGGAGAAGACGCGUCUGUUGCGCCUAAUAGAGAGGGGGUGUCAAUGUCCUCCGCUCGAGUCGACCAAGGAGCGUUGGUUCUUCAACAACCAGCGCAUUAUCCUGACCCUGGCCACAGCCCUGAAUCGUCCGCCUGACUUGGUGACAGACUUCCUGCACUCGCUAACCUUGCAGAACUUUGCACAGAUCCUGAAGCCUCCCGUUUCUCCAGGGAUUCAUUGCAAAGUUCCCUUGGUGAACUGCAAUGUCUGCGAGAACUACAUGAGAGUCUUUGAUACCAAUGGAAACGUGAGAAGCCGCUUCAGCCAGGACACCCUGAAGAUGCUGAUGUAUGCCCUACAGACCGUGCUAAAAGAAGGAUCCCACGAGAUGUCGCGACCAGAUGGCUUAAGUUUUGGCACCCAACGGGGGAGCCACAGAAAGAAUUCCAUAGCGAAGAGGGCUGGCAUCGGAGUCGACUCCGUCGCUCGGCAAAAUGGGAAAAGAAGAUUGAGAAACGCAGAAGCGAAGGCCGAUCUUAACAGACGGUACUUAAGCAGCGGACUGCUAGAUCACUCACUCGGAGAUCCUGGCAAUGAGUUCAUGUCGAACUUUGAUUCCGAUGCCCUAUAUGCCCCAACGCAGGGCCAUGCAAGUUGGGGUAUGGACGAUCCGUUUCCUCCAGACCGUUCCAGGCUGCUCGUCAGUCUGCUUACUCAGGUCAAUGAGAAGACCUACCUGAUGCGAGAUACGAAUAAGCUGAUCACCACCAUCAGAGACCUUAAGUUGGAUAGUCCUUCUGGUAGCCCCAGGCCAGCGUCAAAUCAGGACGAAGUUGCUAGGAAAAUAUCGGAUUCCUACUACGAAAGGGUCAAGGCCACUCCCUCAAAAGCUCUGCUCAGGAAACGCUCAGCACACAAUCUGAAGAGGAAAAUAAAGUCCAAUACAGACGAUGACCUGUUAGGGAAAUCAAAGGGCCGUAUGUACUAUGGGGAUCCCCUCCCGGUCCUCCUGCACGAACCCUUCGAUCGGGAUAAGCCCUGGACCUGGCUGCGCCGACAUCCCCAGCAGAUGCGCAUGACCGAAGUCGGGGAGGUAACCCACGGGCCCAUCCGUCGAUACCGGCGCAACACCAUAGAGGAUCUGUUGCAGAAGGCCAAGAAGCGGGCCUCGGUCGUCACAGUGAUGACCAUGGACAACGAGGGCAGAAGCUCAAAGACGCAGCCGAUGUUUGGCCAGAAGCCGAACCAGAGUUCGACACCAACUACGACAUCUUCUCGAAAAUAGAUUUAGUAAUUCCGCUCGUUAAUGAAAAUAUGUCGCUACAUCGCCUCUUUUGAAUGCUCAAACAGAGCAAAUUUAGUGUAGCU